CUCCACGCCUCUCGCUCUCCAUUACCGACACCUCCAUAGAUCUAGCCACCUCAACUGCGCGGCAUGCCUCCGCGCCGGCGAGAUCCGCGAGCGGCGACCGCGGUCGCAUCCCAUCCGCGCCGGCGAGAUCCGCAAGCGGCGAUCGGGGCCGCACCCCCUUCCCCUCCUCGACUGCCCCUCCACAUCCUCGAAUCCUUCCCGGAGAUGGUGAGGCUGAUCUCACCGGUUCCGCAGGGGAUACUCAUGGCGACCGGGGCUCGGGGAUGGGUGGAGCGGGCGACCAGGAUCCGCGACGCCACCGCGGUGUGGAUUCGGCGCGUACAGGAGUGGAAGGCGGCAGAUCAGGCGGUGUCAGCGGCGAUAGAUCCGAGCGUGAGAUCUGUGGCGAUGAGAUAUGCAGAGAGUUGUCAGAGGAGAGCAGAUCUAGAGCAGAGGAUUUUGGCGAGGGUGAUCUACGACGAGGCCACAUCGGAAGAAAGAGCAAGGAUGCCCGCCUUCCCGCACUCCCCGCCGGCUACGUUUGUUCUGUGGGCGAGGGCAGAGGCGAAAUCAGAGGAACCCCAGAGGGCGCUGCGGUGGGAAUGCUUGCUGGGAGUGAUGCCAUCGGGUGCACCACUGCAGCUCUCGUCCUCGCCGCCGGAGACCAACCGUAUUUGAGCCCAUCUUCGCUGGCAGAUGCCACCAUCUCCUUCUUCGGAGCCGAUCGAUCCAUACCUGUUGCCGGAGUUCUGAAGGGAUCUGGGUUGGGGACACCUGAAGUUUCUGAACUUGGAGGUACGCUAAAGAGCAGGCAGGUUAUGUUUGAUCCUGGUGGUUCAACGUCAGAUUGUGUGACUGUACAUGGAAAUGAUAUGGUGGAAUCGAGGCUUGGAGGAAGAUUUUGGGCCCUGGAUCAAUUGGGUGAUGAUGAUGAUGACAUUCUAAAUGAGGACACAAAGCAACACAACCCUUAUCUGGCGACAAUUACAGACACAUUUGCUUGUGCUAAGCAUGUGAAGAAGAAUGGGAAGAGAAGAGAUAAGAAUCUGAACAAGAAAAUCAGUAGCAAAGAUGAAGGGGGAGGAAAAUCGGCAACUAAACAAGUGAGGGAGGACGCAAAAAUUGAACUAUAACAGGGCGCAAGACUGCUGGAACGAGUCGCCAGUGAUAUCUUUCAGGCGCGA